AUGUGGGUGUUUGGCUACGGCUCGAUCGUCUGGAAGACUGAGUUCCCCGCCGAGGACACGGUGUUCGGCUACGUCGAGGGCUGGCACCGCCGCUUCUGGCAGGGCAGCCCGGACCACCGCGGCUCGCCCGAGGCCAAGGGCCGCGUCGUGCCCGAUGAGGAGGUCGAGGACACGCUCACCAAGCUGGACAACCGCGAGCAGGCCGGCUACGACCGCCAAAUGGUGGACGUCCACUGCGAGGACGGCGUGGUGCGCAAGGCGCUGGUCUACAUCGCCACGCCCUCCAACUCGGACUUCCUGGGCCCUUCCCCAGUGGACGAGAUGGCCAAGGAGAUCGCCACGCGCAGCGGCUUCAGCGGCCCCAACUUCGAGUACCUGUUCAAGCUCUGCGACUGCAUGCGCGCACUACACGUCCGCGACCCGCACCUCAUCGCGCUCGAGAAGGCCACGCGCAAGUACACGUCGGCCAUGAGUUGGAGCACCAACGACACUGGUUGUGGCGUACAGUAA